GGGAGGCUGUCGGGCGGAGGACCGGCCGACUUGGCCUGGCUGGCCCAGUAGAGAAGGACUGUGGCAGGGAGUGCGGGCAGGUGGCGAAAGACGCGCAGGGCCGCGAACGCGGACGUGGUUCCGCCUGGGGCCCAGCGCGAGGACUGGAAUGGUGGUCGGGGUGCGAGCCCUCUUCUGGGCUGGCUCUGUGGCAGCGGUUGAGUUGCCCACCUCGGAGCCCUGAGUUCGCACUUGGCGGGCAGGCCCAGUGCUAACUUGCCUCUUUUAUCAGCGAAUGCCUUCCCGAGGGCGGUGCUGGGUGCCGCUCACGUUUCUUUGCAGAUACCAUUUCAAUCUCGUCCAACAAAAUAACUGAACACUACGUGUCCUUUUUUUUUUUUGGAUGUGCAGGAUAAAUACUGAAAAUAGGACAGUGUUUAGUCACUGUGUACUAUGCUACCAUGUGCGGAAUAGCAUAAAUGUUAAACUUACUGUCAUUUCUAGUUUUUCAGGUUGUUACAGCAGAUCACCAAAUUCCUGAAAGAAAUUAAUUUCUUACAGUGUGUGGUUUGUUAAUUCAGUGGAAAAUGUUCGGAAUUUUAGCUAAUAACAUCUGAUUAUAAGGUGUCACAAAAAAGUGAUACCUUAGCAGUAGUCUCCAACUUAUCAGUGGAUUUUAAUUUCACAAGUGCCUUUAUAGGUCGCCUCUUUAAAGUAUUUUCUAUAAAAGCAUGAUACAAAUGGAGGGUAAAACAUUGGUUAUGUUCCUUAUCUAUAUUUACAGAGUCUGCUAAAAAUAUGUGUACACAUGUAAGGAAGAGAAAAAGUUGUAAGUUAGCUGUGGUGGUGCACACAUCUUAAUCCCAGCGUUCUGGAGGCUGAAGCAGGAGGAUCAUUGCAAGUUGGAGACCAACCUGGGCUACAAAGGGAGCUGGAGACUAGCCUGAACUGCAUAGUGAGACCUUGUCUCAAAAAGACAAAAGGCCAAACAACAACAACAACAACAAAAAGAACCCUUGAGUGCUGAAAUAAUACACACUUUUUAAAAUAUGGAUGAAGAACCUGAAAGAACUAAGCGAUGGGAAGGAGGCUAUGAGAGAACUUGGCACAUACCAUGAGAUUUUAGAUGAAAGCCACUACAAAGAAUUGCUAACGCAUCAUGUUAGUCCUCCUCCUGCCAGCUCAAGUUCUGAAUGCUCCCUUAUUCAUAUGGGAUUUCCUCAGCAUACCAUUGCUGCUUUGGCUGAUCAAGAUGCAAAACCUUCUUUCAGCAUGGCGCACCUGGAUAGCAGUUCUGAACCAGGACUUGCAUUAGGAGGCUAUUUCUACCCACAGUGUUGGGCAAAGUACUGUGAGCUUCCUGUUGAAUGUAAAAUGUGUGGUCUUACUUUGGUCUCAGCUCCCCACUUGGCGUGGUUGUAUCAUCAUUUAUUUCCCUUGGAUGCUUUUCAAGAAAUUCCCCUAGAAGAAUAUAAAGGGGAAAGAUUUUGUUAUGGAUGUCAGGGGCAACUGAAGGACCAACAUGUCUAUGUGUGCAUUGUGUUCCAGAAUGUAUUUUGUGUGGACUGUGAUGUUUUUGUUCAUGACUCUGUCCACUGUUGUCCUGGCUGCAUUCAUAAGAUUCCAAUUCCUUCAGAAAAUGAGCGCCCUGGACGAGGCGGAGAAGAGGAUCUCCAGUUUGACGAGGCCUGGCCCCGGAAAUGUGGGCGCUCCUGGGCGUGGACGCCGUGGCCUUGCUGAAGCUGCAGGAGGAGGAGCACAGAGAGCAGGCGGAUGAGUGAGGGCUGCAACCCCAGACGUGUAGCAAGGCCGCCGGCCGAGGACCGUCGCCACCUGCCACCGUACAGCUCCUGCACGCCGCAGGACAUGGCAGCAGCAGGCUUUUACUGCACCGGGUGAAGCCCAAGUCCGGGUUCAGUGCUUCUGCUGCAGCUUGGUCCUCUGCGGCUGCAGCUGCGGGAGGGUCCCCGUGGAGCAUCGCAGGGAGUUACGCCCCAGCUGCCAGUUCCUGCUGGGCAGGGACGUGGGCAACAUGGGCAAGUACGAUGUGCAGGUGAAGACCCCAGUGGAGGAGCCGAGCGGUGGCCGACGAGGUACUGCGAGCAGGAGGCCAGGCUCGCGUCCUUCCAGGACUGGCCCUUCUGCGUCCACGCAGUGUCCCCGCAGGGCCUCGCAGCUUCUGGCUUGGUCUUUACAGGGGAUCGAACACAAUGUCACACUUGCCAGGCAGGUGCGUGUGCCGCUGAACUCCGUCCCGGCGCCUGUGUGUUUAUGUCUUGGCCUCACCAUGGAUGGUGACAGGAGACCGAGGCUUCCUAAGAGCGACCGUGGCUUACUGAGCGGCUGCUUCAUGCGAGGCAUGGAUGAACUCUAAUUCCGCACCAACCCAUUUGCCCCUUUCUUUCCCAAGUCACAGUUGUUUUCAUCAAGACUCAGAGAUCUUUCAGUUUUUGUUUUCACCAAGAAUCAAAAAAAGGGCCUGCAUUUUACAGAAUCAGCGUGGAGAAACUAACAGCGAGGGUUUGUAGCUGCGGAGUUCAGUGGACUGGAUGUGCGUAGGCCGGGGCUCGCGGGGCGCAGCAGGGCUGACCGGGUGGCCGAGCGCUCCUGGAGGAACAGCACGCGGGGCAGCUGGGCCCUGAGGAGAGCUGUCACCUCCGGGAGCCCCUCAGGGCCGCUGCUGGCCCCUGAGCCGCUGUCCUGUGUCCACAGGUCACAGGGACACCGUGCAGUGCUUCUCCUGCGGCGGAUGCUUAGGAAACUGGGAAGAAGGGGACGACCCCUGGCAGGAACAUGCCAGGUGGUUUCCCAAAUGUGAAUUUCUUCAAAGUAAGAAGUCCUCAGAGGAAACUGCUCAGUAUAUUCAAAGCUACCAGGGAUUUGUUGGCGUGAUGGGAGAACAUUUUGUGAAUUCCUGGGUCAAAAGAGAAUUACCUGUGGCAUCAGGUAAAAACGCAGGCGUAUUCCAAAGGCUUUGCUUGUUUAUUUCUUCUUUUGCUUUCUUGCUCCCCAUUGUGUUCCAUGUUCUUGUUUGGUACUGAGGACUGAAGCCACAGCUGCAGCCACCAGCCUUUUUAUGUUUUGGGACAGGGCCGUGGAAGCUGCUCAGUGGCCCAGGGAGAGUUGGACUGCCUGUCCCCAGAGCGCUGGGACUCUCGGCCUGCUCCCUUCGUUUGCUUUCUAACACUUCCAUUUCGCACCUUACUUACAGCACCAUAAUUCUUCUCAGAAAUCAUUUUCAUAAGAGCUUUUUGGUCUCACGGAGUGACUCAGUUUUUAGUAAGGGUGAGCCCAGGAAAAUAGUUACGGUUGAUUUCUCCACUAACCCUUUCCCUAAAAAAACUGAAGUUCCUGAAUAAAGUGUUGUGAAAACA